AUGAACACAGUAACUGACAUAUUUAACUCAAGCACUUUGUCUGCUCCCUCCAUAUCUACUUCAGCUUAUAAUGACAGUUUUUAUCCUGAAACUGUUCUUCUUCCUCGGUUUUCUGGUGCAACAUCAAUAGUUGUAGUUGUGAUAAUGGCAACUGCAGCAGUUUUAAUAACAUUUGGAAAUGCUUUGGUUUUCCUUGCCUUUGUGGUAGAUGAAAAACUUAGAACACAGAGUAACUUGUAUCUUCUCAGUCUGGCUCUAUGUGACUUUUGGGUAGGUGUGGUGUCUGUACCUUUUUAUAUACCUUACAUGAAGUAUGGAACAUGGAUGCUUGGAAAAGCACUUUGCAAGUUUUGGAUGAUAGUGGACUAUACGGCAUGUGUAGCUUCAGUUUUCAACAUUGUUGUUAUCAGCUAUGACCGAUACCACUCUGUCACUAAUCCAGUUGCACAUCGAGCUCAGCAAGAGAAGAUAUGUAACAGCAUUGCAAAGAUUGUUGCUUUAUGGCUGCUUGCAUUUAUGAUUUAUGGUCCAGCUCUGAUUUUUUGGGAAACUAUCACUGGAGAGUCACAUCUACCUAGUAACCAGUGUUUUGCUGAAUUUACAUAUAGCUGGUACUAUAUUGUUUGUCUUUUAAAUUGUAAUUUUCUCAUUCCCUUCUUCAGUGUAAGCUAUUUCAAUCUAAGUAUAUACUGGAACAUUAGAAAGCGAACUAAAAACAGACACAUUACAGUCAGUAAAAUGCAACUACAGCCAAAAAAUGAAGGAAAAGAAACAUUUUUAUCUUUUAUAAGACUGCAUAUGCUCUCACUAAAAGAAAAAGUAACCUGUUCUUCUUCUGUGUCAAAAGAAUCUGCUAUUAAUAAAUGCACUGGUAAUGCUCUUUCUGUGCAAAAAAUGGAUGAAAUCAUUAGUGAUGUGAAUAACGGGAACAUCUCAUCACCAGUGGAUGAACCAAAAACACCAUCUCAAAACUCUGCAUUAAAACUUUCCAAAGACAAAAAGAUUGCAAAGUCUCUUGCUCUACUUGUUUGCAUUUUUGGCAUUUGCCAGGCACCGUACACAUUGUUUAUCAUCAUUAGUUCAAUAAGCCAGAGUAACAGUGACUCUUUUUGGAGUUUUAUCAUAGGAUGGUGUAUGUGGUCAAACUCUCUAAUAAAUCCUGUUUUGUAUCCAUUGUGCCACAGCAGUUUCCGAAGAGCAUUCUGUAAAAUAUUUCACCUUAAAUAA